GACGUCACUACGUUAUUGUCACCUCUAUGCUAGGACGCAUCACAUUCCCCUGGUUAGGGGAUUUGUGAUUCCGCCAAAAUAGUUCCGCGUAGGAAUGAAUUUUUUUUUUUAAUGAGAAAAACGGUGUUGAAUAUGUGUUUAAAAUGGAAUGUUAUUUAAAGAAAUUUUAUUAAAUUAUGUUUAAGGGUGAUUUCAAAUGUCUAUAAAGAAGAAUUGCAAUUAUUAGAAACAUGUUUAUCUGUCUUACUUUCGCUUUCACAAUUCAAUCGUAAACAUGGCAAGUCCAAGAGAUAUCAUACUUGAGGUUGCUAAAAAGGGAGGAUUUCCCAUGCCACUCAAGGAACUGCAAAUCGAAGCGUUACUUUGUGUCAUUGAAAAACGUGACAUUAUGGCUAUACUCCCAACAGGUUAUGGUAAAAGCCUGAUUUACCAGCUGGCACCACUUAUCCUUAAAGAUUAUUAUAAUCUACAGAAGUCUGUUUGCAUCGUGUUGACACCUUUGAACAGUAUUAUGCAAGAUCAGAUCAUUGCACUGCAAAAGAUUGGAGUACAAGCCUGUUGUGUGGACUAUAACUGUCAGGGUGGUCAAGCAUUGUUUGAUGAUGAUGGUGAUGAAGGGGGUGCUAAAUCAGAUGGAGAUGUAAUAUUAACGGUCCCUAUGUCCGAUAUUGCUGAUGGAAAGUUCACAUUGGUGUAUUCUCACCCUGAGGCGCUUUUAAGCACUGAUACGGGGAAAUCCUUGAUACAAAAUUUGGAGAAUAAAAAAAUAAUUUCGUGCAUAGCUGUAGACGAGGCACACAUGAUUCUGGAAUGGGGACAGCAGUUUCGACAAGACUUCAGCAGAAUAGGUUCUGAUCUCUUGGCAAGGUUUACUAACAUUCCUGUUCUCGUGUUCACUGCUACAGCUUCACCAGAUGCUCAAAAGAAGACAUGCGCAAGUCUUCAACUUAAAACUCCAAAGAUAAUAGCAAUGAAUCCUGAUAGACCAAACAUUAAAUAUAUUAAAACUGAACGACCGUCUUCUUCAAACACACAAGACCAUCUGGAUGAGAUCCUUACUCCUAUGGCUGAACAGCUUAUCAAAGAAAAACAUCAAUAUCAACUUACUAUCAUGUACACGGACACAUAUGUAAUAAGCUAUGUCUAUGCUUUCUUUGAGAAAAAAAUGGGUGACCUUCAGUAUGUGGGAGAUGCCGUGCCGGAGAACAGACUUUUUGCUCAGUACCACCAAACAUAUACAGAAAAAAUGAAACGACACAUAGUCAAAGAGCUAUGCAAAGAAAAUUCGAAGAUCAGACUCAUAUUUGCAACUGUAGCCCUUGGAAUGGGACUAAAUGCACCAAAUAUCAGAACUGUUAUUCAUUACAAGCCACCAACUUCCAUCGAAAAGUACUUCCAGGAAACUGGCCGGGCCGGAAGGGAUGGAUUACCAAGUACGGCAGUUAUGUAUUAUAACAAUACUGACAUACGAAGAAAUCGACCAGGAAUAGAGCGGCAAAUGAUACAAUAUUGCAAGAACAGUUCAAAAUGCAUGAGACUAUUAAUGCUGGAAUGUUUUGGAUAUUCAAAAAGUGAAAAUAUUGAUAACAACUUGUGUUGUAGCAUUUGUGAUAAGAAUCUUCAAACAACAGUUGACUAAUACAAAACAAGAAUUAGCCUAUAUGAAAACUGUCACUAUAGAGAUACCAUUCACAUACCUCUAACAAGUCUUGCUGAACAUGAAAUAGUUCUUCGAUGACUGGAGACAACUGGUCAAACCUCUCUGUUCGACUGUGAGUACCAGAUCUCAGAACGCGUGCCGAAUCAAAUGUUACCCGUGUCAGCUGAUCACCACCCAGGGGAAUACUGGCCAUGUUGUUAAACUCAUCACCUGAAAAUAACCAAAACAAAUAAUUAAUUGUUGCAUUUUAUUUGUUUCAUAAAAAUACUAAUUUGUUUCAAUGCACAUUCUUGUAGUAUUUUUAGUUGUUUAUGUUUUCUUUACCGAUAUACAAUAUAUUUGGUAUGCCUGAUGUUUAGGACACUGUGAUUAAAGAAUUUAAGUGUUAUGUGCGUAUUUUUCCGAAUAAUAGAGACACUUAUAAAUGGAGAAGACAAUUAACUUUUUUCCUUGUUUUCGCUCUGUUAUUGUAUUCAUAAAUGAAAACUUUGAGCUUUAUGUAUAUAAAACAAAAAUGCUUAA